AUGUCUGAACAUUCUACGCAACCUACCGAGCACAAGGAGUCUUUCUUCGAGAAGAUUUUUGAUCACCACCACAAGCAUGAAGAUGAGGAGCAUGAUAAGGACAAUGAUAAGGACCAGCCUCAUCACGGGGGAGGAUUAGGUUCCGACAUGAAGAAAGACGAGGAGGGCUUUAGGGAUUACAUCAAAGAGGAUGAGGAGGAAAGCAAGGGAGGCCAGGAGUAUGGAGGAUUGAUGUAA